AUGAUUAAAACGGAAAGCAAAGGAGGAGAGAGGACGCUGCGGAGCGCGUCACCCCACAGAAAUGCAUACAAGUCAGACUUCCACGCCAUUAAGUGCUCCUUUGAUGGAACAAAAUCCGAGGGCGCCGCGAAGUCAUAUGCAAAUGGCUCCAGUGACACCCGGGAGGAAACAAGGGGGAGGCCUUUUGGGAAUCGAGUGAACAAGAUAAAGAACAUAUUCCUCCAAAUGGAUGGUCAACAAGAGGGUCAAGAUGGGAAAGUGACUUUAAAAUCCGAUGCAGCCCAAGUGUCCCCACAGAAGCUUCAGUUUCCUGUCAACACACACAAAAUUAACUUCAAUAGUGCUGCAAACCCAGAAUCACAUAAUUUAGAUAAAACUCCCAAAGGGGAAGAUGCUGAGAUUGACAAAGCAGCUUUGGCAGAGAAGUUUUCUGUGACCAGAAAACUCUUUGAAAGGGGCAUCAAAGAUCAGCCUGCAGCUGAAAAACAGUCUCCAAACAGAGUAGUGAACCGUGUAUCCCUUGGUGGGGCCUCUGAUGAAGGGAAAAACACAAGGAGAGCGUCAGGAUCCUCCGAGACCAGCAUCAGACCAGAGCAGACUCCGGUGUCAACAGCUAAAGGUCGACCUGAUGAGAAGACUGAUGCUGAGGAGAAAAGGCAAGUGUCUUGGGUGUCACUGAAUGCUGGACCAAUCUCCAAGAGGUUAGAGAACUUCAUGGCAGAGAAUGACUCGGAGGAUGCCAGCAGAGCCAGUUCAAAAGGUGUAACAGUCUCUUCUAAAGUAUACAGUUCCAAUGAACACUCACUGCCUACCUCUCCAACAAGGGACAGCUUCCACAAACCUACUUCUGUCAAAGAAGCCACUAACAGCCCGUCUUUGCCAGUAACUGACGCCACUAACAAACCUACAUCCCCAACUGCCUGUAUCAUUAACAAACCAUCGUCCCCGGUGGCCAGUAUCACUCUAAAACCAACUUUUCCAGUUACAAAUGUAGCAUACAAAUCUGUGUCUCCAACAACCGAUGUCACUCACAAACCCCUGUCACCAGAGCAAACAGUCCCGGUCAGCCACGGAUACAAGCGCCCAUCCUCAUCGGGUGAUAACUUUGGUAGACCAUCUGCCGGAGGGGUUGAAGGCAGUCCCUGUAGUUCACCAGUGAGGGAUGUGAAGCAGCCUCUUCCAGUAGCGAGCAGCUUUCAAAUCACAAACAGGGCCAAAUAUUCUGAAAGGACCAAGAGUGAUGGCUGUGCGGCACCCAGCCCCACCAGGGACAAGCCACCCACUCAGGCCUCAUCACUGGACUCCAAGGGGGUGGGCAUGGUCCGGGCAGAGCUGGUGGUAGUCCAGAAUGAGUCUUCAGAGAGUGAGGAGAACGAGGAUGAGAAUGUUGAAGAUAAUGUGUUUGAGGAGCAGAAGGUACAAAGCCCCAAAGACCUGCGAACAGACCUAAAAAGAAACUUGCUGUUGGAAGAGCAGAGUGGUAGCCCUGCUCAACAUGUCACUGCAGGACAUACUGCAAAAGAGGCACAAAUUGUAUCAGAGAAAGCGGGUGCAAGUAAGGUCCCAGAGGAUAAAGAGCAGCUUGGGUUUAAAGAGGAGAGGAAGGAAGAGACCCUAGUGGUUAGUCAAGUCAGUGAGGAUAAUCAUGAGGAAGAUGAUGAGGUAGCUGAGGAGGAGAGUGAGCAGGAAGAGCAGGUGGGCCAGGUUACCCAGGAGAGGGCCUCUCCGAUCGUGUACGGUAUUGAGAACGCAGCGUUUGUGGAUGACAGGGAUGUAGACCAGGUCCUCAGGGAAGAAGAAGAGGAGGAGGAAGAGGAAGGAGAGGAUCAGCAGGAGCAAGAGGAGGAGGAAAGGGAGUAUGAGGACUAUGAGGAGGCCCCUGGGCUGUCGGAUGAGGAGGAUCCCCCCCCAAAGAGGAAAAUCAAGUUCUCCACAGAGCCUAUUCUGGUAUUCAGCACCUAUUCAAAUGAGGAUUACGAUCGGCGCAAUGAUGAGGUGGACCCAGUGGCAGCAUCGGCAGAGUACGAGCUGGAGAAAAGAGUGGAGAAGAUGGACGUGUUCCCUGUGGAGAUCGAAAAGGGAGACAAUGGAUUAGGCAUCAGUAUCAUAGGAAUGGGAGUUGGAGCUGACCAGGGUCUGGAGAAGCUGGGAAUCUUUGUGAAAACCAUAACAGAGCGAGGAGCAGCUGAGAGAGAUGGACGAAUCCAGGUGAAUGACCAGAUAGUGGAGGUGGAUGGGAUCAGUCUGGUGGGAGUCACCCAGCUGUUUGCUGCUACAGUCCUGAAGAACACUAAAGGCACAGUCAGAUUCCUGAUUGGUCGGGAAAAGCCAGGGACACAGAGUGAGGUAGCCCGCCUCAUAAGUGAAACCCUAGAGCAGGAGAAGAACCAGCAGCAACAGCAACAACACCUGGAUGACCCUUAUGAACACUCCACAGAGGAGGAGGAGCACUAUGAGGAGGAGGGAGUAGAGGAGGGGAUUCUGAGCUCCAGUUUCUGUGGAGGAAGGAAUGUAGAGGUGUUUGAGCUGCCUGAUUCAGAGGCCUUGUUUAUGCCGACCAACAUGGACGCCUCUCAGAUGGCCUUCAAGUUCAAAGAGCUUCAGCUCAAACACAGCAUCGCAGCAGCUGAAAUAAAUCAACUAAAGGAAAAGCUAAGGGCAGCUGAGGAGGACAAAUCAUUGUGGGAUGCCAGGGAGACUGCGCUGGAGCAGAAGAUUGAGAACAGCAAUGAGAAGAUCCUGAAGCUGGAGAGUUACUGGCUGGAGGCUCAAGCCCUGUGUAAAAGCGUCAACGAACAGCUAGCUGAGGCUCAGUCCCAAUAUGAGACUCUGGACAAGAAGUACAACAAGGCUAAGAAACUGCUCAAGGACUAUCAGCAAAAAGAGAUAGACUUUGUGAAGAAAGAGGAGGAACUGAAGAAAGUUCUCGAUGAGAAGGAGAAAUGGUACAAGGAGCAACUGGAGAGUUUGCAGGACAGGAUAGCUGCCCUGGAGUCCAGAGGGCCAGUGGAGAGCCAGUCUGGUCAGGAGCCAGUAGCAGAGGAGAGGUUGUGCGGCCAAAGCCCAGUCACGAACACACCAUCUGUUGACUCACUACUAGACCAAGACUGGAGUGAGUUGGUCCCUGAGACUGAGCGAUUGGACACCAGUGCACAUAAAGCAAAAGGCCUGCUGGCUCAGAAAGCCAAGCGUCAGCCCCCUUCUCGGACCAAACUGAAGGAGAGCCUUGCAGUGGCCUCAAGUCACUCUCAGGAGACAGAGGAAGAGGAGGAUCAGGAGGAACAGGAAACUCCCAAGAGGAGGAGAUCCAUUCAGGAGAGCCUGUCUCUGCCAGUCCCUGUCUGCUAUCCUGGAAAUGGACAGAAAGAUGAUCCAGUCGAGCCUAGAGAUAGAUCCAGGAGUAAGGCGGAGCUCUCCAGCAGCCCUUCAUUGUCACCAUCCCAGAGAGAUAGUGUUGAAAGCGGGGGUAGCCCCUCUCUUUCCCCCCCAAAAGACUCUUCUUCACCACACUCCCCCUCAGGAUUCCUGCGCAACGUCAAGAAGAGGGAAUCAAAAGGCAAGGGCAAAGAGCUCAAAGAGGAUGCCAAUGAGUCCACCUCUGCUGGAAAAUCUAAAAGACGAUUUCCUGACUUUGGGGGCCUCCGGAAGUCAGGUGGCAAAGGGAAGAAACAUGACAAGGAGGCAAUGAGAGCAUCUCUGGACAGCAGGGGCUCUGCAGAGCUACUAGAGGAGUCUGGAGGGAACCUGUCUCCUUCAGAGUCCAUGACAUCCAUCCCUACUUGUAUGCCCUUCUCAUGGUUUGGGGACAGAGAUAAGGACAGGGACAAGGAGCCAUCCUCUUCCAGCAGUAGUCUGCCAUACGCUGCCACGGAAACCAGCAGUGAACAAAGCCAGGAUCGCAAGAACAAGACAAAUCUCUCCUGGUCCUCUUUAUUCAGUCGCUCAUUAGAUUUGAGUUUGUCAGUCAUAGAUGAUUCUAACCCUGCCAGUCCCAGUUCAGACAUCUCUGGGUUAGUUGCUGAACCCAAUCUGUCUGGGCGCUCACACACUUUAAUCUUCUCUUCCACCGAGACCUUGGACGAUGAGCCAGUCCCCACAGGAAAGGAGUAUCAGUGGCAGAACCGGCCUGUGUCUGAAUGGACCAAUCAGCAAGUCUGUCACUGGUUGAUGGGCAUGAACAUGGACCAAUACACAGCUGAGUUCACAGCCAAAGGAGUGGAUGGCCAGCAGCUCAUGCACCUUGAUAGUGACAAGUUGAAGGCGCUGGGUGUGUCAAGUCAGAGCGACCGUUCAACCAUCAAGAAAAAGCUCAAAGACAUGCGCAAGGCCCAGGAGAAGCUGGAGAAGCAGAGAGAGAAAAGAGAGAAAGAGGCUCGACGCAGUGGGAGACUGCCGGUCAGUUCAGACUCUGUCUGCUGAGGUAGAAGCUGUGAAGGCUAAACUCAAGCAGCUUAUCCUGUUUCACAUUCUGUGUCAGUGUCAUCCAGUUUACUGCUCAUGGUGACACAAAUAAACGCCACACAUAACCACAGACCAUGACUGUGCUUGGAGUGCACCUGUGUUGAUUGAAGUGCCAGUCAUGAUUUAUCUUCAUACUGUAGCUCCUGGUUCAUUUCUCAUUCUGGUUUCUCUCAAAACUUUAUAGCUAGUAAAACAUUUCUUCACGGUUCCUCGGAUCAAACCUUUUAAUUUGUGAGAGAAAGAGGGAACAUAAAAAACGACCACGGUUGGGUAUGUGACCAAAAAGGUAACCUAACAUUUUUUUACCACUAUAAAGCUAGAAGCUAUAAUUAUAAUUAUUAUUAAAAAAAAAAAAAAAGUCUGUUUUCAGAUCUAAUGUAGUUGUCGCAAGUAAUGCACACAUUUACCUAUGGAAGUCAAAUGUAUACAGCAAAGCUUUUUAAACAUUUUAUAUUAUUUUUGCUAGUUUAACUUGCCUGUAGCCAUGUACAAAAUCUUUUGCAGAAACAGUUAUUGUACAGUUCAGAUAAAAGCACUAUGUCUUUUAAGCUUCAAAGGGCGACAAGGUUUUGAGUGUAUAAAUACGUUUUAUACAUGUGCCUAGUAACUGCAUAACUUUUUUAAAAACAGAAAUAUUGAGGUUCAUUUUAUACUAUUUACUUUUUUCUACUAAGUAGAAUAGCAAGGAUGAGAUCAUUUUUGCUGAAUGAAAAGCAACAAAACAAGUGGGGACGAGGUGAAUGCUGCUUCCGCUGUCCCUGACUGUGCCUGGGUUGGUGAUGCACUGCGCUGUGGUCCAAAUGAACUUGCAGGUUGCGUCACUGAAGUGGUACCAUGAUGUUCCAUGUAAAUAUACACAGCAUGUAGGUCUGCCGCGCCUCGCUGGUCCAUAGUCAGUCAGAUGUGCCUCAAGUAGGGAACGUACUUCCAUGUGACUAUGAAUGUAAGGGUGCACCAUGAGUGUUCACAGCCAAACCGAAGUGCUUCCUUUUUCUUGUUGCAGUUCAAGCAUGAUUCAAUGUUCUGUAUAUUUCAUGGAAUAUAACAUGUUGGACUGCAAGAAAAUGAUGUUUUCCACAGAAACAGAUUUCUUGGUACAUACUGUAAAGCACCAAUAAACUAAUUUUCACUUUG